AUGGCGUCGCAAUCUACCGUUAUCACUUCCUCGUCCGCCAUCAGUCAAUCCCCCGUUGACAAGACUGAGACAUCACCUACGGGCGAGAUGACUGCACUCCAAGCCCUCUCACGAGGCCCAAUCCUUCCCGGAAUCCCUAUAUUGCCAACCUACGAGAAGCAGCGCCGCCACCUUCUAGAGCACAUGGCUGGUGCAUUCCGAGUGUUUGCCCGCAAGGGCUACACCGAAGGUUUGGCUGGUCAUAUCUCUGUGCGUGACCCUGAAAACCCUCAUACCUUUUGGACCAAUCCGCUCGGCCGGCCGUUUGGCUUGAUGCGCGCUUCUGAUAUGGUCCUCGUCAAUUACGACGGAAAGAUGGUAGGGGGUAAUAUGAGUCGUCCUGUAAAUGCUGCUGGGUUUCUUAUUCACAGCGCCCUACACAAGGCCCGGCCAAAUGUCAAUGCUGCUUGCCAUACGCACUCGCCGUACGGAAAGGCUUGGUCGGCGUUUGCACGGCAAUUGGAGAUGAUCAAUCAGGAUGCCUGCGUGUUUUAUGGGCAGGCCCAGAGCGUUUAUGAAGAAUUUGGUGGCGUGGUCUUUGACGAAGCCGAGGGGCGGAGGUUGGCGGAUUCUCUAGGGAAAGAGGGGAAGGGGAUGGUGUUGAGAAACCACGGCCUUUUGACUGUAGGGCAGACCGUCGAUGAGGCUGCUUACCUUUUCACCUUGAUGGAGCGGAGCUGUCAAGUGCAGCUUCUGGUAGAGGCGGCAGCUGCGAACGGAAUUCCUAAGCAGUAUGUAGGUGAGGCUGAGGCUGCGUACACUUUCAAAAUGACUUCAGACCCGGAGUCUUUGUACUGCGAGUUCCAGCCGGACCUAGAGGCAGAGGACGUAUUGUGCAAUGGCGAUUUCCGCAAUUGA